UUGUCAGAUAUGUACGAGAGAAAUGUUUAUCAAUUCUUGAACAUUCUCAUUAUCCACUUCAAUAUAUCCUUGCUAAUUUACAUAUUAAUCAAUCAAAUAUUUCAUUUCUUGAAACAAUGUAUGACUUUAUAACAAUAUCGUCACACAGCGAUGAAUUGUCUUUGGAUGGAGCAAACCUUAAACAAGUGUCAUUUGAACGAUCGUUUGAAGUGGCUAAGUUCGAUUUUAUGUUAAUGUUUGUCUAUAAUCCGAUGAUGGAAAAUAGUAGAUUAUCAUUUCGUUUAACUUGUUCACAUGAUCUGUUUGAUGAAACUACAGUUACAAAUAUAGGUCAAAGGCUAGAAUAUUGUUUUCAACAACUUUUUUCAUUAAAUGAAAAUAUAAGUCGAAUUGAUACAUGUUUUACAUCUUUAUCGAAAUUGGAUCUUAUUCUACCAGAAGAAACUCGAGAAAUGGAAUAUAUCAUCUUUUGUCGACAAUCACAUAUUAUAAACGAAGCACCAGCAUCAUUUGCACAAGCUCGUAUUUGGCUUGACGAAAGAAUUCGAUUCGAUCCAGACAAGCCACAAGUAGCAAUCUAUAAUAUGCCUUUUGUUUACCGUCUUCAGUCAGAUCAUAAUUUGUCGAUUAAACAACUUCGUCAUGCUCUUCAUCUCACUGUUAACAAACAUCCCUCACUUCAUACAUCACUUAUCUUUGAUGCAAAAAUGAAUCAACUCAUGCAACGAGUUAUUACACGAAAAGAUAACUACACUGAUAUGUUUUCAAUCAUCGAAACUACUUAUGAAACAGAUGAACAAUUGAAUGAAAUUUUACAUGACGAGAAACGUAAUCCUCACCUGUUUGAUCUUGCUCAAGGUGUUGUCUUUCGAUGCCAUCUUGUUUACUACAAACGAAUCUCUUCCAAUGAUCUUCUUUCGCACAAAGAUCUACUUAUCUUCAACUUUCAUCAUGCUCUAUUUGAUUUUCCAUCAAUGAAAGUGUUUCAUCAUGAUCUUAACCAAGCAUAUGCAACAGGUCAAUUAUUGUAUGAUGACAACACUAAUCUUCGUUAUCUCGAUUAUGCUGUUAUUGAACAACAAAUGUCAAUGACUGGUGCAAGUAUGUUUUGGCUUGAUGCUCUUCAUGAUUGUAAACUCGAUCAGCCUUUAUCAUUACCAUUCGAUCGAUAUCGUCUUGCAAAUGAACAUCGAACUGGUCGUGGAACAUCUAUUUCUUUUGAUUUUGGUCAAGAUCUCUCACAUGACUUUGUUGUUCAUGCAUCAUCAAAUAACAUAUCACUGGAACAUCUUGCACUUGCUACUUAUUAUGUCUUCUUAUUCAAAUUAACAAAUGGUGAAAAAGAUUUAUGCAUUGGGAUAAAUACACAUGGUCGAUAUAGAGAUGAACUCAACUCUAUCAUUGGAAUGUUUGUGAAUGCUAUACCUUUGCGAUGUCAACUUGAUCCUCAUCUAUCAUUUGAUAAAAUCACUCAGCACGUUCAAGAUAAUAUGAUAAAUUGUAUUAAAUAUUCAUAUUUUCCACUUCAACGUAUUCUCAAUCAACAUCCUAAUAUGUCAAAUCCUGUAUUUCUUGAUACAUCAUUUGAAUUUAUAUCAUCUAUGAGAAGAGAUGAGGAAAAUGAAAUAAUGAUUGGUGAUAGUCGAUUUUCUUUACUACCUUAUUCAAUUAAGAUUAGUGAAGAUGAAAUAAUGAGUAAAUUUGAUUUCAUUGUUAGUUUUCAACAUGAUCUGAAUCUGAAUGAACUCUCAUGUACCAUUAAUGCUUCUGUUGAUUUAUUCAAUUUUGAAACAGUUUGUAUAAUUACACAAAGAUUACAGACAACGUUACAUCAACAGUUCACAUCUUAUCAUCAUAAAACAACCAAACCAAUCUAUGAAUUAUCAUUAGUAUUAUCAAAUGAACAAUAUCUAAUGCAAUCAUUGAAUAAUACACAAAUAUCAUUCUCAUCUUCUCUCACUUGUAUUCAUCAUGAGUUUGUACAUCAAGUAAUGAAACAUCCACAAAAACUAGCUGUUGAACUAGAUGAACAAUCAUUGACAUAUUGUGAACUUCUAUACUAUGUUCAAAUGUUAUCUUUAACUCUUCUUAAUGAAUACCAUGUGUUUCCAGGUGAGGUGGUGAUUGGCAUUAUGGCAAUUGAAAUGGCUGGUGGCGUUUAUUGUCCAUUAUCACCUCGAGAUCCACAACAUCGUUUGCAUGCACUCACACAACAAACUCAAAGUCGUCUUGUACUUAUUCAUCAUUUAACUGAGAGCGAACUCGAUCCUAAGAUUGUAUCACUUAAUAUCGAUUCAGUAUUGAUUGUUAAUAAUAUGGAAAGUAAUAUUAAUAUUGAUCAACUAUCAAACAUAAAAGUUACAUUCGAUGAUGUAGCUUAUAUCAUUUUCACAAGUGGCUCAACUGGAAUACCAAAAGCGGUUCAAAUUCGUCAUGAAAAUUUUACUCGUUAUAUGUACUCAUUUGUGAGUGUUAGCGCAUUGAAGAAGGAUGAUGUAACCAUUCAGAUGUCUAGAAGUACUUUUGACGUUCAUCUUCAAGAAAUAGCUGGCGUUCUAUUAUUUGGCGCUACAUUAGUUAUGCUACAUCCAAGAGGAAUCAUGGACUUUGAGUAUCUUGUCAAUGUUAUGAUAGAGAAGAAUAUUACUUAUUUUGCUUCUGUUCCAACUUUAAUUAAUAAUUUCUUCACUUUUCUACAACAACAAAAUCAUCAUAAUGCUGUGCAAUACCUGCGAGCAGUUUGCAGUGGCGGUGAGCCUUGUUCUUUGAAACUAAUAAAUUUAAUGUUAAAUACUGUAACACACACUUGUCGAUUAUUGAACAUGUAUGGUACUGCUGAAACAACAAUUGAUUGCACAAGUUAUGUCAUAGAUAGAAAUCUAAAUAUGAUCAACAUUCCAAUUGGACGUCCACUACCCAGCUAUCGAUGUACGAUUAUGAAUCAAUAUUUACAAUCAUCUACCACUGCUCAAGAAGGUGAAUUGGUUAUAGGUGGAGUAGGUGUAUUUGCUGGUUAUCUUGGACGUGACGAUUUAACUGCAAAAGUUCUUGUUGAAAUAGAUGGUGAACUAUUUUAUCGAACAGGUGAUCUUAUUACAAUGGAUAACAGUGGUCUUCUCCAUUAUCAAGGAAGAAAAGAUCAUCAAAUCAAACUUCAUGGUCAACGAAUUGAACUUGGUGAAAUCGAACGAUGUUUACUUAACAUCACAUCCAUCUCUACAUGUGUUGUCAUGAAAUGGAAUGAUGAUUAUUUAGUUGCAUAUGUUCAAAGUUCUGAUACUAAUGAACGGGAAUUACAUGAACAUUGUCAAUCUCACCUUCCACCACAUAUGAUUCCAUCUUUCUUUAUUAUUCUUGAUAAAUUACCUUUGAAUCAAAAUGGAAAAGUAGAUCGAAAACAACUUGCUUCACCCGACUUCUCUCCAUCGACUUUGUUAUCGUCUGAUAAAUCUGAUACGCCUCUUAAUCAGUUCGAAGAACGUAUACACACUAUUUGGUGUCAAGUUCUUCAUUCUAAUCAAGAUAACAUUUCUAGAACUACCAGCUUUUUCAGUGUUGGUGGUCAUUCACUAUUAUUUAUUGAGCUUUAUCAUCAUUAUCAGUCAGUAUUCAACUUUGAUACUCAUACACUUUCGAUUGCUCCAUUUCUUCAACAACCAACUAUUUGUCAACAUUCACAAUUACUUCAAACAGUUAUAAUGAAUAAUAUCAAGACAACACAAUGGUACACGUUACAUAUAAAUGAAGCUAUUGCCUCUUUUGCUCAAGAACGUAUCUUUCUUGAUGAACAAGUUCGUUUUUCGAGUGAUAUUGCUAUUUAUAAUGAACUGUCGACUUUACAAGUUGUUGAAGGAUCAUUAUCAUUCAAUCGUUUAUUACAAGCAUUUCGAUAUGUUUUGAAUAAACAUAGAAUAUUACGUACAUCUCUUAUAUUUAGCAAUGAAAAUAGCAGUUUGAAACAAUGCAUCACAAAUAUACAUAAAAAAUUCACAAUAACUAUGAAUCAAACAUUUGAAAAUGACAAUGAACUUCGAGAUAUUAUUUAUCAAACAACUACCAAUCCUCAUCUCUUCGAUUUAUCAACUGGUCGUGUUUUUCAUGCUGAAAUUCUGAAACAUGAAACAUCAUUAAAUGAAAAUGAAAAUAGUAGCAAUGAGGUCAUAACUAAUUCUGAUGUUCUUCUCAUUGUUUUUCAUCAUGCAGCAUUUGAUCGAGCAAGUACUUCGAUCUUUUUCAAUGAUCUAUGUUUCGCUUAUAAUACUAAUGCAAUACCAAUAGAAGAUGAUGAUGAAUCAUUACAAUAUAUUGAUUAUAGUACACAUGAACGUCUAAUUGAUAUGACAACAUCUCGUGAGUUUUGGUGUUUACAAUUAGAAGAAUACAAUUUCGGCUCUCGACUAUUAUUACCAGUUGAUCGACAUCAUUUGUCUAACGAUCAUCGAUCGAGUUCUGCUUCUGUCACUCAAAUCUCGUUUGACAACGAGAUUUCACAAUCAUUUCUGGAUUAUGCUUCUAUACA